CACAAGUCCCAAGAUGCAAUUGAAAUUACCGUGGCCACUGGACGGGGGAAGGGAAGCUGAGAUUGGAGGGAGAAACAAUCAGAAACUGAGUUUUCAGAUACUGUGUACAUAUGACAGCUCCUUCCCAGGACUCUGGCCAUACAAGAACUCUAUCCAUGACCCACAUCUCACUGGACACCUGCAGCUCUUACUUUGGACGCGUGCUGCUGUUUCAUAUGAGGCUGAAGACAUAACACAGCUUUGGUGCAAGAAAAUUGAACUGCACCUGUACUGGUACCCCUGGGUGUGUACUGGAUUUAUCCUGAGUGCCAGAGUGAUGAAGUCGCUCGUACAGGGAGAACCCAGCCCUGAAAAGCAAUGCCAUCAUCCGGCUUCUGUGUGCCUCUGAUGGGGCUGAGGAGUGAACCCGCUGGCCAAGCAUAUCUGUGGAGGAGAGGAAGGAGGCAAGUUUCCCGGAAACUUUUGUAUUGAUGGAUAACCAUUUCCCCAUGUCAGCUCUUGUACACGGAUACCUGCACAUCCCUCUCUGAGUACACAUUCAAGAAACCAUGGUGGUCCUUGCAUCAGCUCCUCCAGCUCACCUCAGUCCAUGACUUCAGAAGUCUGUAGAGGCCAGGAUCAGGAACACGCUCGCCAGCCAACACACUCAUAUGCAAUGGAAGAAGACACUGAUGUUACAUCCCAUACUGAGGGUCUGAAUGGUUUGUCCCGUGAAUGUAAAACAUCAGAGGAGAUCACCAAUGGACACUCCAACCAUAAGCCUGUCAUGAAUGGACUGAUUAUUGGUCAUAAUGUCAAAGACCACACGAACGGCAGUGCACCACUCAGAUCCCUGCCGAUUUCAGCACUGAAGCAGAAUGGUCUUCUGCAGACCCUGGCAGCUGGAGGGGACCAGCCUAAGCCCACAGAGGAAAAUGUGGAGUUGGAAAAGGCCAGACAGGAGUGGGAGGCUCUGGAGAAUGUCCAACCAGCUCUCACUGAGGACUCGAACCCAACUCCACUCAUCUCCUUCAAUGAGGCCUUGCAGUUCUUCCAGACCACAGACCUUGGGGACUUGCUAAAAAACAUCCAGCCAACCAUUCGCAGGACAGGUCUAGCCGCUAUCACACACUUCCUCUUCGGACCUCCACGACUGCACCGGGAACUCUUGGAGGAGAGGGAUCUGGUCUUUGCCAUCGCUCAGUGCCCUGUGGAUAACAGCCAAACAGUCCACAUGCGUGUCCUCCAGACCAUUUAUAAGAGGCUGAUUGGCAGUAGGCUGGACUGUCCUCGCUAUGGGGCGCACUGGGAAAACAUCGGCUUUCAGGGUACAGACCCAGCCACUGACCUACGUGGCACUGGUUUCCUGGGACUGAUGCAUACUCUGUACUUUGUGAUGGACCCAGAGACUCUACCAUUGGCUAGAGACAUCUACAAGUUAUCACAACACCCUACACAGAACUUUCCAUUCAGUGUGAUGUCAAUCAACAUGACGCGCAUCGCUCUACAAGUACUCAGAGAGGAAGCCUUGUCCAAGGAGUGCAAUCGUCGUCAACAAGUGGUUGGUGUUCUGAACGAGUUCUACGUUGCCACGUAUCUGCACCUGUACCAACUAUGGAAGACCGAACAGAAGACCAUUGCUGACUCUGGCUUUGUACUAAAAGAAGUGGAGCUGUUUGCCAAAAAGAACCCAAAGCAGAUGCUGCGCCGACUAGAGGUCUUCCUGAAAGAGAGGCGGGCAGGUGGAAUUCCCCGUGGGACAUCGUCAGACCCUCAGGCCCAACAGCCUUCUCCAAGCCUGGGGGAGCGAGCGGUCAGAGCCGGGGCAGGACAGGGAAGCAAGGGAAAGGAGAUGCACUUCACAGGAGUGUGUGAUCUACCGCCAGACAUGGAGGGAGAGGCCAGGCUCAUCUAAGAUAGACUCUGUUUGAAUGUGAGUGUGUGUGUGUGAGCAGUUGUGCUUGUGAGUAUAUCUAUUCGUGUAUUUGCGAGUGGCUUACUUAGAGUGCAAAAAGAAGAACCCCCACCAGACCCUGAUCUAGGACCUGCUAUCUGAACCUUUUCAAACACCGCCACUCCUUCCUUUGAUGCUGGGGUGCUGCACUUUGAUCAGAUUACGCACGGGGGUCUUACAGACUUAUAUCUUAUGUUUUUUUUUUUGUUUAUUGUUUUUUCUGUUUUUUUUAAAUUAACAUAGAACAUAGAACAGUCAAAUAUAAAACGCUGAUGCAGGUCAGAAACACAAGAUGUCACAAAAACAACAAGAAAGUGAAUGUUUGCACUUUUCUGUGGAGUUAGUAGCCAAAUCAAGAGCUGCCAAAUUCUUGUGGUUAAACUCUACCUGCCUAGAAAUCCAAAGCAUACACACUUGUGUUCCAAGGAUCUCUCAGUCAGGGGGGGGGGGUUGAGUGGCUUAUUUAAAAGUCUUAGUUAUCUCUCACACUCCAGGAUACUGCUCCAUCACAUGAGCAUGCUAACAGCCCAUAAUGCAACAGAAGGGUAGCAUUGUUAGGCGUAUUGUUAAGCACUCUGUUAACUAAGAGAAAAAAUGAGCAGGUUUCAAACCCUUCUAUAGAGCAAACACAAGCAGGUUUUCGCUCAGCAUGAGUGGGGAAAACCCCGAGAGGUUACAGAGGCUUUUGAGCAGGGAGCAGGAAUUGCAAGUAUACGCUGUUCUUAAAAUCUUACACAGUAGGCUUUGAAUGCAGCUUGCUGUGAAGGUCUAAUCACUUUGCAUUCUCUAUCAGAGUGUGAAUGAAAUAUAGGUGAUGUGAAAGAUGUACAAGAAUGGACACUCAGGCCAGAUGUGUGGAGGUAUAGCCAGUUGUUGGUGUACUCAUGGUGUCUGUUGCCAGGGGUGUGACAGACUAGGUUCAGAGCGCCCAGUUAAUAUGGGGGAAUAUAUUUUAAAUAAUUUAAAAAUAACUAUUUCAGUCCUUUCUGAGGGGACAGCUGUCAUAACUUCAGUUAUGUACACAGCACUUCAGAAUUUUGUUAUUGAACUGAUGGCUGAGUGACCGUGAUAAGGAUUUUUAACACUGUUAAAAUUCCACCAGAAUGUUUGAAAGUCUUCUGACUUCUCAACUUUUCAUGGUUAAAACCAAGGAGACACUUCAUAACAGAGUCUGUGUGCUUAGCUGGGUCCUGACUAAAGUCAAAGGUCUGGUAUGAGCUUUCUCUACAUUCCGUUACAAAGCAUGUGAUUGUAAUUUUUUUGACCAGUUAAGAUUUAUUCCUCUGUGUGUGUGUGUGUGUGUGUGUGUGUGUGUGUGUGUGUGU